AGACAGUGUAUGUACAAAACACUAGCUAGCUGAGACGGCAUAUCACUCUGAAAGUUAUCCGACAUGGCUUUGAGCAAUCCUCGAUAAAGUAACAAGAGAAUGGGAGGAUAAAUAAUUGCCAACCGUAUCUUUUGAAAUCCUAUACAUUUUGAGAGAAUAUGGAUGGCGAAUAUGAGAAUGAAAAAAAUAGUACGUACUUGGAUAUGUUCUUGAUAUAGGUGUAGAUUUAGCAUUACAUAAGUGCCAGUCGCUGAAGUACCAACUCCAAUAAAUAUAUUAAGUCAUAUCCAUAAUAUAAUAACCCUUUGGAGUUAUGGAAGCAAAAUUAAGUGCCCCGUGGAUUGGAUAAAAUGUUGCCGACUUGUUGAAGGAUUUGUGUGAACGCGUGGACCUAACAGAUGGCGAUUUGAUGUUUGUUUCAGUGCGGACCACAAUAGGAUAUAAUCAUAUAAUACUUUUAUGGAUAUAUUGCCAAUAUAGAUAUUUGUCUAUCGCUGCAUAUAUAAUUGUCGUGUGAUAAGAGCAGAUAACAUAAGUUAUAAUCUAUGUUCAAUGAAUGGAAGAACGAGUAUCACUUGAAAAGGUCCUUUUGCCCUAGCUGCCAUGGUGGAUCGUGUUAUUAGUGACCUACUUGAAGAUCAAUACAUCAUAUCAAUUUCAACAUACAAUAACUGCAACGCCACGUAAGAAAGUUAAAUCUGAGUUGAAACGGUAAAGUGAUACAUUUGAGAUUCAUCGUUUUCAUCAAUUUCAGCUUCUUAUGCUUUUGAAAAUGAAGAAUCAAUAAAAACCACCAAUUUCGGCUACUGAUCUACUGAUUUGGUAGUAAGUAGGGAUUACAUAAACCAUUUACUACAAUUUACCGAUCUUUAUGAAUUGUUGGUUUUGAAAACAUAGAGGGAUGGUUCAACUUCAAACAGUCAUUCGUGGCUGAUGUGACUUUAAUAAGACUGGAUUAAUAGAUAUACGGCUUAACGACAAACUACAAACAGGAACGUGAACGAUCGGGAGAAAUUAUCGAACUAAAUAUAAAAAAAGCUAAAAGAGACCUUUAACAAUGAAGCUCACAUUCAAUCUCUUUGUGGUCUGUUUGGUUUUGGCAAUGACAAAGGUCCAUAGUAAGAAACAAAGGAGAACGAAUGUGAAUAUCGCUGUGAUUCUUCCACAAAAUAAUUCACAUAUAUUUUCGAUACGCCACGUGGUUCCAGCUCUAGAGAUAGCUACAAAGAGGAUUAACAGAAGGAAAGAUCUAUUACCAAAACACAAAUUAGUUAUAGAUUCUAAAGAUUCAAAAUGUAGUAUUAGGUACGGUAUCAACGAAGCCUUCCUAUUUCGGGAAAAUAGAUCCGCCGAUGUAUUUUUCGGCCCUGUGUGCGAUUUUGCUGCGGCCCCCGUCUCCCGACAGAUAUGGUUCUGGAACACUCCGAUGAUAACAAGUGGUGCCAUGGCAUUAAGUUUCCUUGAAAAUAAAGAGAAAAAUGGGAACCUCCUCACCCGAAUAGGAAGCUCGUAUAACGGCGCAGUGGAUGCCGCUGUCGCUGCCCUGGAUACGUUUGGGUAUAAACGUGUACUAUUGCUUUAUCAAGACAGAUCUCACGAUCACAUCCUUCCAAGGAUCGGUUACUUUUUUGCUGAUACUUUCUUCAAAAUGCUGAGUGGCAAAUUAUCUUUUGAUUACAAACUAUUAGGGACAUUAUCUACUACGGGUGGCAUUUCGAAGGAAACUGCCCGACGAGUCAUUUUGGAGAAUUUGGGGAACAAGUACAGUGGUAAGUAAUUGCCUAUUCUAACAUUUUCCCUACUUUCAGGCUUAGUUCAUUCUGCUACUCGUCACUUCUUUCUGUUUUCAAUCUAACAAUCCAAAGAAGAACCGAAAGAAAACUGAAACUCUCUGAG